CGAGAUGCCUGCUCUGGGCCAGGUGAUGGAGAACGGCCAGGUCCUGCCGGCCUUCCUGCUCUGUAGCACACUGCUGAUCAUCAAGAUGUACGCGGUGGGUGUCAUCACAGGCUACACAAGGCUUCGGAAGAAGGCCUUUGCCAACCCCGAGGAUGCCCUGAGACAUGGAGGCCUCCAGUUCUACAGGAGUGAUCCAGAUGUGGAGCGCUGCCUCAGGGCCCACCGCAACGACAUGGAGACCAUCUAUCCCUUCCUCUUCCUGGGCUUCAUCUACUCCUUCCUGGGACCCACACCUUUGAUCGCCUGGAUACAUUUCCUUGUCGUCCUCACAGGCCGUGUGGUGCACACGGUAGCCUACCUGGGCAAGCUGAACCCGCGCAUCCGCUCUGGAGCUUAUGUCCUGGCCCAGUUUGCCUGUGUCUCCAUGGCCCUGCAGAUCAUCUGGGAAGCGGCCCACCACCUGUGACCAGUGCCUGAAGCCUCUGCAACUACCACAUUGUGGACAGAAGCCACAGAGGCUGAACCUGGGGACUUGGGGUCCCUUCGAGAAUAGGGAUGGGCUGAGGUCCUGGGAUCCUGCCACCUAGGUGUGUUGGAUACCUGGGCCCAAUGUGCACGCACGUGUGUUUCUUAGUCUCUUGGGAUCUGGAUGAAGUGCCCAAUUAGAACCACUUAUAGAUGAGUUGUCAAGAUUGACAGAACAUCCUUGACCUCACAAAAGCCUUAAACAUCACCCACACUUCCUCUUGCCCCAUAAAACUGAAAACAACCGGGAAGUGGUGGCACCUGCCUUUAAUCCCAGCACUUGGGAGGUAGAGGCAGGUGGAUCUCUGUGAGUUUGAGGCCAGCCUGGUCUACAGAGCCAGAUCCAAGACAGCCAGAGCUGCUACACAGAGAAACCCCUGUCUCAAAACAAACAAACAAUUGAAAGGACAGAGGAUCCUCCAACAUUGUCAUCAUUCCAUCCAGGGCUCAAAGUGAAGGCUUCUCAAACCUACCCACAGUUCCGGGCCAGCCCACGGAGAGACCUGGCUGCUGUGUGUCCCAGGAAGUCCUCACAAGAGGCCAAGUGAUAACCUGCUCCCUCUCAGGCUGUGGAGCUUGGGAACUUGCUGUUUUUCAGCAGUGGGCAGGUCUGCAUGCCCCUGUUCCCUGUGGACACCCCCCUGUCCUUUGUUCCGAGUGCCUUAGGUAGGGCAGGCUUAGGAAUGGUGGGUGCUCACGGUAAGCUCUGCCUGCCUGGUCAAGGCCUUAGCUUCUCCAAAAGGCCGUCCGUCAGGGAUGGGCUUUGUCUGACCAACCACUGAAAGGAUUUGGGCUUCUUCAGCAUCUGUGAGGUUUGAAGAUGCCAAAUGUCCACCCCUGUGGAAAACCUCAUGUGUGUGGUGAUCCUCCAGAGUCCUAAGACCUGUUCAGGGUUAGUCAUUAAACAGCAAUGUGUGACCUGUGAA